AUGCGAUCUGUUAUCAGAAACGGAACGAGUCCGCCAAAGAAUGUUUCAAGUUCAAGGCCUUCUUGUACCCGUUAACGUUCCAAUUUGCUUUUACGACAUUAUCCGAGCUGUUAACGUGUUUGGCGGGGCGAUCGUGAUGUACGUGAUGCCGAAUCUCCCCUGUCUGCCAUUAUAUUUGGACGCACUGAAGCGAGGCAGCGCUUAGGAGAUUCCUUCCUCUCCCUGUCCACGAUGGCGGCGACCUCCCUGGGCUGUCUUGCACCUCCUUCACGGCGGCACAGUCUGACGCCUCCUUCUAGUCGUCCUCUACGUUCCUCUCCGUUGGCAGGGCCGUCGUUCAACCUUUCACCCGAUGGUAGGCUCGAAUUGUCGCCCUUGGACGCGGUAAAGGCCAAGCCAAAUAGAAUAUCCUCCACCCCAGACUUGCCCUCGCUCACUGUCGCUCCUUUGCAGUUACCCAAGCGAAUAUCGAACCCCCCUGUGAUACCCAUCAGAUCCUCGUUACCCUCGCCUCCUCUGUCGCCUCACAAUGCUUCACAUCGUUCAAAGUCUCGCGAUAGCUUUAUUUCUUUGUCACCUCAUGCCCAAGUCCUGCACUUUCCCAGGGUUUAUACAUCCCAAUCAACUCCAUCCUCGCCGUCUACAUCAUAUACAUCCCUUCCGGACCAGUCGUGGCUUACCGCUAAUCCUUACCUCACGACUCCUAAGUUUUCUAGGCUGAGUUUGGCUUCACCUGAUGUCGUAAUGCCAGUAUCGGCGAAAGAGAGAAGAAGAAGCAUGGCUUCGGCAUCGGUAGAUGGGCACACCAAAGUUUCAUCAGCAACCUUUGACACAGACAGGAAGGCAACGGUGUCAAGACGCAGGUCCAUUGUUUCUAUGUUUUCCAAGUCCCCGAAUGUCUCCGUUCCUUCACCCCCUCCGGUACCGCCGACUUCUACGCGUUCCGCACCUAGCAUCCGUUCAUCCCGAAGCUUACGCUCAUUGCGGAGCUUUCGCAGUAGACGGUCCACUUCUACCUCUACCUCCGAGUGUGACGUUAUCGCUGAAAUCCAAGAUGAAUUUGGUACAAUCAAGGAGGCAGACGUAGUCUCGGUAUCGGAGUCAGAUUCCGUCUCAUCUAGCCCUUCACUACCAACACCAGCUUCUUCGACCAAGUCGGACGUAGAUCACACUGAUCCUAUCAUUGAAAAACCGCUUACACCUGUAGUCCCUCGACGCACAUCUUCACUCCCUCGAUUGUCGACUAUCAUGAAGAGAGCCAGGUCACAAUCCGGGGGUUCGCCGAAGAAUAGGCCUCGCACCUCUCUCGAAGACGGAAGGGUGGCUGCAGAUGCCGCAGCUCAUUCGCCUCAUGCCGGGCCUCCUCUUCCUCUCGGCUUCCUUCUUGAAUCGGUGCCUGUGGAGCGUCUUGUAGCGUCGUCAUCCCAAGUCUUAGAACAUGUUGUCGCCCCGGUGCCACGAUCAAAACAUAUGAAAGGACUCUCAUUCCUGUCGUUCACGUCAUCCGAGGAUCAGCAUGAAUACCCUGUCCCUGAGAGUGGCACCAGUUUGACCACUGAGUUGGUUCGCCAGACGCCUACGCCACCCACUCCAACGACGCCAAAGCCUACCAUCAGAAAGCAACCAGUGCCUCCCCCUGUCAUUCCUAUUCCUUCAAUACCGACUUCGCAAUCUCGAUCCUCGAUUUCCCCUGCGUCCUCAACUGGUGCGCGCUUACGUGCUUUGACCCCUUCGCCCACCUUCACAGAAGGCAGUUAUAUAAGUACUCCCCUUGCAAUGCCGGCUAAUCUCAGUCCAAUAGCUUGUCCUCCGUCCUUCCUUGCGGCUCGUCCAGUCGUAAAGAGCAAGUCCCACAGCUUCCUUGCCAUAGAUGCGGAUGAGACCACCCUUGGACAUUCCCUCUCUGCUCCAAGUUCUCCGGUCAAUCAUCGUCCAUCCUCAUGGGUCGUAUCUUCUGAUAUCGCCACACGUCCAUCUUUACGUUCAUCUUCCUCCUUCAUGUCUAGCUCGCCACCUACUUCGCCUACUCGGUCCCCGUCCACACAAGGUCGCAAGUCGAGGACAAAGGCGCUCUUACUCCUCGGUAUUGGAGACCACCCACCAAUGCAAGGUGGGCAUAAUGCGCCUCCUCCGAUUUCGAUGCCGCCAAUCCGAUCAAAAUCGAAUACCAACAUCUCAAGCCCAACAAGUAGCAGUGGUGUAAAGCGAUUAUGGCGCGCCCUGACUUUGAGAAAGACUAGCUCUGGCUUCGGCGUAUAGUUUGGCAAUCUACCAGAAUCUACCAUCUCACUCUGAGUUUCAUCACAUCAGGACUAAAACUUUAAUUGCUCUUUGUAUACCGUCUUGGGUGCGGAUCACACUACAUACACUCUUGAUGAUACCGUUUCUUCUUCUGAUAUAUACC